GGAAACCUGUGGAAGUAAUUUUUCAGAGAGAAUCGAAUAAUAAUAACCUUUCAAAGUUAGGCUAGCACGUUGUGAGGGAAGCAUGGAAUGUACGAGAACAGGAAAAACCUUUGAAUUCUCUAUCCAUAUCAAGUAAAAUAGUUGAAGUUACACGAACAGCACUUCAAAGCUUCUAAGCACGUGCGGAUGGAUUGAAAUUCACAAUAAAUGUUUUUAACAAGACUGAAGAAUUUAGUCAUGGCUACACACUGCAUUUUUGCGAGCAGAUCAAUCAUAUUAACCUCUUUAUCUUCUCAAACGCAUUGCUACAAAACACUUCACCAAAGUUUUCCCAGGGCGUUGGGGUUAUUACGGACUUCAAAAAAUGAGAGGAACUGUUUAUCGUUUUCCAAACGGAAAAUGGCGAACAGGUUAAGGAGAAGUGACAGUAAAGUUGGAGCAGUUUGUGCAAUACAACAGAAUGCGAUUUCUCUGCCUGCGCUUGGCUCGGGGACGGCCGUUUUACAGAGCUCGCUGAAAGUUUCUGUCAAUCUCAUUGCAAUUUGCAUUUUUGUUGCAUGGUUGCAGAAAACAGGACAACUGCCUGCUGAUACACCGAGAGUCCUAAGUCAGGUGUCUUUUCGCUUAAUAAUACCUUGCUUCCUUAUGUCAAAGGUCUCCAGAACACUUGCAUUUCAACAUCAAGGAAAUAUUCUUAUAAUUCCAUUUAUUGGUAUAAUUGAAAUAUUUGUGGGAGCAAUGUUGGGUAAGGCAGCAAUCAGAUUCAUAAGAAAGGAUACCUAUCUAAAGCGAGUUAAUGCUUCAAAUGACCCCUCAAGUAUAGAAGAUCUUACUGCAGAAGAUAUUAAAUUGGCCAAGAACGAUGCCCUUGUCAUUGCAGCUUGUGCAUUUGGCAACACUGUUACCCUCCCAUUGGUGAUACUUUCUGGAAUACUUUCACCUAAAGAUGCUAGUAUGGCAAAUGCGUUUGUGGCCCUUGUUAUGAUUGGAUGGUCUCCUUUUUUAUGGAGUUAUGGUUAUCAAAUGUUCAAUACUGCAUUUGCUGAAAAUACUCCAUCAUAUGUGGAUACAAAAAUAUCUUUCCUUCAAAUAUGCACUAUUUGGUUUAAACGUAUUACAAAUCCUCCUCUCUAUGGGGCUUUGUUGGGGAUCCUUAUUGGUGGGACUCCAUUGGCACAUUUCUUUUUCCCAAUCAAGGGAACACUGCCUGGCAUUUUUAGAAAGGUGGAUGGAUCUUUUACUGCCCUCUACAUGGGCUGCAGUGGCUUGCUUCAGACAAUCUGGGAGAGGUUGUCAAAACUAUGGAGGAGAUUAAAUAAUGGAAGUUUGAAGGUUUUCAGGAAGGAUAAAGAUAGGAGUUUCAGGUUCUUCCAUGUGCAAGAUCAUAUAGAGUUUGUCAUUGUGCAAAUUGGUGUCAGUUUCAUUAGUUUACUUUAUCAGUUUGUAAGGGUUUGGUUGUGGGUUUGUGAAGACAUUGCUUUCAGAAAAUCUAAAAGUACUCGAGAGUUAGAAGAUCAAGAAUCUUCUUUAAAUAUGGAAGAGGAUCUUGCUCCUGAGAUUCAGAGGGAGACUCAUGAAGUAAUAGAAAAUGAAGGACAAAAUGAAUUCAUGGAUCCUGCAAAUGAACCUAGAGACACUAAUGUGAAUCGAAAGAGGCCACUUUGGGCAAGGAAAAUGAUUCAAGAGGCUAAAGACUAUGUAGCACCUCAAGGGACCCUCAGGGAAAGCAAAAGACCUCACAGGUUCUCCAGCUAUGUUGACUUGAAGAGUGAGAUCAUCAAAUCAGAACCUUCCAAUGUCAAGGAGGCCUUUAAAAAUCAAGUGUGGAAGGAUGCUAUGACAGAAGAUUUAGAAGUUUGGCAACAAGCAAAUAGCAUCAUCCUAAAUCAAGGAAAGUACACUAUUGAUAUUCUGAAAAGAUUUGGAAUGGAGUGUAAGCCUAUGUCUACCCCUAUGGAAACAAACUUGCACAAGUUAAAGGAAGCAGCAGCGGAAUCAGAAUUUGCAAAUCCCACCCUAUACAGGCAGAUAAUUGGGUCCCUGAUGUAUUUGGUUAACACCAGGCCAGACAUUUGUUAUCCAAUUAAUGCACUUAGUCAAUUUAUGUGUGAACCAAAGCAGAUACAUAUGGUUGCAGCUAAGCAUAUUCUGAGAUACCUGCGUGGUACUAUUGGGUAUGGUCUUAAAUACACUAAUGUUGACCUAGAUCUUCAUGGAUACACUGAUUCAGAUUGGGCUAGAAGUGUGGUAGAUAGAAAGAGCACAUCAAGGUGUUGCUUUAGCUUAGGAUCAGCUGUGAUUUCUUGGAUUAGUAGGAAACAAUCCUCAGUGGCACAGAGUUCUACAGAAGCCGAGUAUAUUGCAGCUUCCAUGGGAGCAAAGGAAGCAGUAUGGCUAAGGAAACUCCUUGUGGGAUUGUUUGGUCAACCUUUGGAUUCUACUAUCAUACAUUGUGACAACCAGAGUUGCAUAAAAAUUUCAGUAAACCUAGGGUUCCAUGACCGGUCAAAGCAUAUUGAGAUUCCUUAUCACUAUGUUAGAGAUAUGGUUGAAAGGAAAGUGAUUCAGCUGAAGUAUGUCAGUACAGGUGAACAGACUACAAACAUUCUUACCAAACCUCUAUCCAAGUCAAAAGUUGAGCAUUUUCGGGAUAAACUUGGUAUGGUUGAAAAUGUAAGUUAA